GGGCAAUGGUACAAAUGAGUCAGAUAACAGGAACUCACUGAACAUUUCGUUUCUUCUUGUCACGUUAUCUCUGACAGACAGCACUCUGUCGCCGAGCCUCUGCUCUCUGCGGACGUACAAAGUGUGAGCUCCUUUAGUUUAAAUGCUGCGGUCAACCGGGGAGGACACGUUCAGGAAGUCGGUCACAAAGCGAAGAAUGUGAAAAGCGAAAGGAUGUGCUCCACGGAAAACAACCCAGAGCUGCAGCCGACAUCGUCCGACCCGGCUCUUCUCCUGGAGCUGAAGACCAGGCGACCUCCGUCCUUGGUGGAGAGAGCUGGACGUGAAACCUGGAGUGUUGACUUCUCUCCGGAUGGAGCUUGGUUCGCCUGGUCCAUGGGACACGGGAUCGUCUGGGUCGUCGCCUGGCCUCUCGACUCAGAAGAAAGUCAAAAUGGAGAGACUGACAGAGGAGACAAAAGCUUCAGUUGUGGUCACCCAGUGUGGGGGCUCGCCUUCGGGCCCAGACCUCCAAAAUCAAAUGCAACAGCGUGUCCGGCUAAAGCACGAUCAGAAGGGAAAAACAGCCUGCUUCUGGCCACGGGCUUGGAGAACGGGGUGAUCAAAAUCUGGAACGUUUUAACAGGCAGUGCUGUUUUUGAUCUCCACGGCCACGAAGGGGUUGUAAGGGACCUGGUGUUUCCUCAGAAUGGGACGCUCACACUCAUAUCAUCCUCUCGGGACAAAACUUUGAGGAUAUGGGACCUGGCUCAUAAAGGGAAAAAGGUGCAGGUGCUUUAUGGCCAUAAAGACUGGAUUAGUUCCUGCUGCGUAUCAUCUGACUGUAGCAUGAUUGCAUCUGUCGGGAGAUUUGACAGGAUGGUGUGUCUGUGGAGUCUACGUUCAUAUACAUUCAUCAGGAACCUGACAGGAGGGGCCCACAAGACCGUGUACCUCCUGUCUUCUUGUGACUUCUCUCCUGACGGGGCAAUUCUCGCCACUGCAGCCUUCAGCGGCUCCAGUUGGUGGAUCGACCUCUGGGACCCAUACACAGCAGAGAAACUGGCCACUCUGGCUGACUACUUUGAAGAUUAUGGGCAAAACCAAAUAUCAGCAAUACAGUUCUCUCCAAACGGUCUGCACUUGACACUUGUGACAGACGACAGAGCUCUUAGGAUUUGGGAGCUGGGGGAGAAAGGGAUGGUGAUGGAGACGAAAAGAGACAGAGACUCUAAUGGACUGUGCUGCAAGUACCAUCCACAAGGGGGAGUUGUUGCUACGGGAACCAGAGAUGGCCACGUGAGGUUCUGGAGGGCACCCAGUGCGGUGCCCAGCUUGUGCCACCUGUGUCGAUCUAUCCUGCGCCACUCUAUCUCCACGCACCAGAUUGAGGCGCUGCCCCUCCCCAAGAGGAUCCUUGAGUACCUCACAUACAAAAACAUCCCCGAACGCCUCAAGUCCUGCUGCUCCUCAGAUGAAGAGGAGUGGGAAAGUUAAAUAGGAACUUUAAAAAUAAAUAACUGACAUUUUCAGCGAUUAACUAUGAGCAUAAAAACGCCUUGUAUUUUCUGAUAACAAAUGCUUUGAAAGCUUGAUGAAGCAGAUUAAGCAUAUUUUAAGAUACUUUAGAUGCAACAUUCCUGCACUAAGAUUUCAUUUAUUGCACUACUGCGGUACUACAAAGCAUACAUUCAGUGUUCACAUUGUUGACUUGAAUAACAGUUUUAUACUAUUAAUUUAUUGUGUAAAUAUCAGAUAUAUAUAAUUUCUAAUUCCUGUGUUUACCAUUAUAUGCACUGCUAAUGUACUGGCACAUUAAUAUUGCAGCAACUGGACUUAUAAGAAAGGGUUUUAUUAAACUGAUUAAAACAUACACAUGUUCAAUGACUUUUUUUUGGACAAUGAACUGAUUACCUGGUUGCAGUAAUACUAAACUGAAAAUGGGAUUUUUCAAGUCCACCUUUUAAAUCAAAAGUGCCAAAAGGAUCUUUUGUUUUGUUUUUUCACUGUGCUGAUCGACUUCCAUCUUGGUUCUGUAUGCAGAUGUGAGUGAGUCAGAUAGCUGCUAGCACUGUUCCAGACAUCUUUUACACUGUACAGCAGGUUCAGUAUGGUGAGCAAUUAUGCACUGGACACAGUUUUCUUCCCAAAUAAACAAAUAACUGGUUAUCCUUUUUAUCCUGAUGCUGCCCCCCCCCCUGUGGAAAAAGACCAUCGUUGCAUUACUGUAUCUAAGGUGCUUCGCUGACCACGAGCUCUCUCACUGCCUGGAAAGCUGCAACCAUGGAGCUCAGCUGGAUCUUCUCGCUGGUUCCUGAUGCAAGCCGAUGUCUGAAGAGAUGAAACAUGAGCAAUAAUGGAAAUAAAAAAUUUGCCACAACGUGUGGAAAUCAA